AUGUCGAAAGAAAGUGAACGCGAUCGUGAAGCGGCAGUCACUCAGUUAGUCAGUAUAGAAAACGUUGCCGCCGAUGCCCGUUCACACCGACCUUUAACACGGCAUAUCAUUGAAUUAUUUACGCGGGUUUUGAAUUUUAAAUAUGGAAUAACGCGUCCAUAGACAAUUUUGUUUUUCAAAAUGGAUUUAUAUUCAGAGGCUAGCAGUGGUGCGAGGGUGCUAACUGCGAGGCAUGUUAGUGUGGAUGUUCGGCUUCCAGACACAAACAAUGCGAUAAAUACAACUUUGUUGUGCCACAGUUAUAGUCUUGCACCUGAUAUCGGAACCUAUAUUUCAGCCCUCAACACAUACGCAUGGGUGCUAUUUAUCUGCGGUCUGUUCAUCCUACUAGCUCUAUGUAUAUUGUAUAUAAUAACGCUCCGAUCAGCGCUAAGGCACUGGAGCGAAACGAAACUGAGUGUGGGAGUAAUACUCGGAAUAUAUCCUAUAGUCGGUGCUAUGGGCUUCGUCGCAAUAAUCGUCCCUCGAGCUCGAAUCAUUACGGAGGCGGUUGCACAAGAAGCUGUGAUGAUAGCUAUGUACCAUAUCUACUUUAUGAUUAUGGCUGAGUGCGGUGGCACCAAUCAACUAGUCAGACGUUCAGGAGGAUCGCAUUUGGAAACACGUGUUCUUCCUUGUUGCUGCUGGCCCUGCUGUAUUUUACCAAGGCCACAGAUACAAAAAAAAACUUUGAGAUGGUUGAGGUUACUAAUCCUACAAAUGCCGAUAAUCCAAGGCAUAAUAUACUUCAUCAUUCUCAUCCUGUGGGCUGAAGACUUGAUGUUACAAUUAAACAGUUUUGUAUACAUGCAGCCAUUUAUCGCGGCGUCUAUUCUCUCUGGUAUCUGGGGUAUCAUGAUGUGUAUCCGAGCGGCAGAAGCAACUGGCGCCAAACCUAGAUUGCGAUUCCUUGUUGUCCAACUGGUGUUGGUUAUUGUCAAACUGCAGUGUGGUAUCGCUAGGGUGGUGCCGGAUUUGUUUAAUGUGACGUGUAUUUUGCCGCUACACCCGUCUGUGAUUGUUAAUCUGAUACAAAACAUGUUGAUGAUGUUCGAAAUGCUCCUGCUCUCUCUAUGGGCGUGGCGACUGUACUCCUCACCUCCAGGCAAAGUCGCCGACAAGGUCCAGCAAGUUGUCGUGGCUGUACUCGACGAUAGCAUCAACUCUAUCGAUUUGAAGUGCAAAGACACAGACGAGAAACAACAUACGACUGACAUUAAACAUGUCAUGUAAAUAAUUUAAUGUUAAGUUUAUUUUAAUGUUUACGUUAAGAACGCACGAAGAUACCUGUAUCUAAUAAUUUGUUUUAUAAUAAAACACUGUAUGAAACUGUA